CGUCCACAGAAGGAGUGAGUUUUCCCCCUGCCCUCCUUAUCUCUCGCUGUCUUACUGCUAAGUCUGGCAUUCUAUUCUCCGGCCAUCAUCUCCUCACUCAGUCACUGGGGGACAAAGGAAGAAAUCAAACCAGUGCAAUAAUACAUUUCUGGACCAAGGAGACAGUCAGGAGGCCCCAGAGAGAGGAACUCCUCUGAAGAACUCAAGUGGCAUAUAGUUGCCAGGGAGUUGGAAAGAACUGACACAUCACAAAGACAAUAUAAAAGCAAACUCAAAAUGGGAAAUACCAGUAGCGCAUUAUCAAAGGAGAUCCUGGAGGACCUGAAGCUCACCACCCUAUUCACUGAAAAUGAGAUCUCUCAGUGGUACGAGAACUUUCAGAAGCAGUGCCCAACAGGACGCAUCACACCAGAGGAGUUUGAGCAGAUCUACGCCCGCUUCUUCCCCGACAGUGAUGCCAAAAGCUACGCACGCCAUGUGUUUCGCUCCUUUGACACCAACGAUGAUGGCACUUUGGAUUUCAAGGAGUACAUCAUUGCACUGCAUAUGACUUCCUCUGGGAAGACGACCCGGAAACUGGAGUGGGCCUUCUCGCUGUUUGACGUGGACAAGAACGGAUACAUCAACAAGACAGAGGUGACGGAGAUCUGCCAGGCUAUAUUUAAGCUGAUCCCCAAGGAAGAGCAGAGCCAGCUACCAGAGGAUGAGAACACGCCCGAGAAGAGAGCCAACAAGCUGUGGGCUUUCUUUGGGAAGAAAGACAAGGAGCGACUGGCAGAGGGAGAGUUCAUCAAAGGUGUGAUUGAAAAUGAGAACGCAAUGCGUCUCAUCCACUAUGAACCGCUCAAACACUGAAGUCCGUCCCACUCACCCCUCUUCUUAUAUCUCCUGAUAGGCCCUUUACAUUAUUUUAAAACCUUUCUUUCCCUUCUUU